UCCCACAGCUUAACAAACUCUGGCAGCAACAAAACCCAGCAGGUGUCUCAGACUACACUAGAGCUCAGAGAAGCCUCCAAGGAAGCAGAAGAAUCACCAUGGUGGAGUUUGCACCUUUGUUUGUGCCACUGGAACGCAGGCUACAGACCUUCGCAGUCCUGCACUUGAUCUUCUCUUACUUGGCCCUGCACUUGAUCUGCUGGGUAGUCUUCAUUGGCCUCCUGUUCACAAGAUUCUGGUUGAUCAGUAUCCUGUAUGUGAUCUGGUGGUACAUGGAUCGAGACACGCCACGGCAGGGGGGCAGGCAGAGUGCUUUCUUGAGGCACUGGACCAUAUGGAAGUACACGAAGGACUAUUUCCCCAUCUCGCUGGUCAAGACUGCCGAGCUGGACCCCUCCCGAAACUACGUCGCUGGCUUCCACCCUCAUGGGGUCCUCGCCACCGGAGCGUUUAUCAAUCUGUGCACAGAUGGUACAGGCUUCUCCUUAGUUUUCCCAGGCAUCCGCUCACAUCUGAUGAUGAUGCACUGGUGUUUCUGGGCCCCUGUCUACAGGGAUUACAUCAUGUGUGCGGGGCUGGUCUCAUCAGACAAGGAGAGUGCUACUCACAUUCUGAGCAGGAAAGUAGGGGGCAACCUGCUGUCCAUCGUUGUUGGGGGUGUUCAGGAGUCACUGAAUGCCAGGCCUGGAGCCUACAAGCUGGUGCUGCGGAACCGCAAGGGCUUCAUCAGGCUCGCCCUGACGCACGGGGCAGAUCUGGUGCCAAUCUUCUCCUUUGGGGAGAAUGACAUAUAUGACCAGGUUGAGAACUCUCCUGGUUCCUGGUUGCGGUGGUUUCAGGACCGACUUCACAAGAGCAUUAGAGGUUCCAUCCCUCUCUUCUAUGGCCGUGGAGUCUUCCAGUACAGCUUUGGUCUUAUGCCCUACCGCCGACCCAUCACCACUGUGGUGGGGAAGCCCAUUGAGGUGCAGAAGAUACCGCAUCCCUCCCAGGAGGAGGUAGACAGGCUCCACCAGCGCUACAUGAAGGAGCUGGAAAAUCUCUUCGAAGCCCACAAGCUCAAGUACAACGUCCCCAGAGACGAACACUUGGAGAUCUGCUGAGCACCUCCCCAGAGUAGGGGCUCCUCCAAAAGGCAGGGCUGGCAUUAGGGAGGAUGGCGGGAGAUGUUGUGAUCCCAGAAGGCUUCCUGGAGGUGUCUGUUUAACACAUCUCCAGAGCUUUCACUGACUUCUGAAGCUCCACCCCAUACCAGGCCUUGGGUUACAGCUGGCUCCUGGGAGAGGAGACCAGACUCUGGCAUCAGUGAUUUGCUCUCCCGCUGUGCCUCCUCUGUACUGGGUCCUCUUCAUGUCUGCCCACCUGAGAAAUGGGAGAGAUGCUGGGAGAGAAUGAUGUCUGUGUCUGUGUCCUUUGUGACCCUGUCACUCAACGAGCAGGAGAAAGACCAGCUCCAGUGAGCAGGUUUUCCUUCCUCUGCCUUCAGUGACAGCACAGAAGCCACCAGCAAGUGCACGGCUCUUUCCUACAAGCUCCUGCAUCCUUCCUAUCCCAGCUCCUCCCUCCCAGAGCUGGAGAGGAAGGCCAGGCCACAACCUCCUGAUUCGUCCAGGCACCUUUGAGUUUCUGAUCGUCUGAGGCCCGGGCUGGCAGCCAGAGGGGCCCACGAGGUGGGGAAGGAGAAUUCAGCUCUGUCAUUGGCUAAAUGACCAUGCACAGUCCUCUUCACCCUUCCUCUGAGUCUCUGUUUUCCUGGUUGAAUAAAGUGACCUCUCAUCUCAGCUCUGAUGUCACAUGAGUUGAGAGCUCCAUGA